GGGUAAGAAUAUGGCGUCUGUACGUGUUGCUGCGAUUUAUAAGUGGCAGCAAAAGACAGUUUAGCUGCUUUGCUUGUGCAUUAAAAGCCAAAGCCGAAGCCCGAGAUUAGCAAGCAGAUUUUGACAGACUUAAAGUUAACUAACAUGCCACCCAAGAAGAGGGCCCGAGGUAGACCUGUGAAGCCAACUGCAGAACAUGGUGAAUCAUGUGCAGAUGAUAUCACAGAGGAGGCUGUCAAUCCGAAGAGGAAGACAUCAAAUGCAAAGGGUUCUGUGAAGAAUAAGGCAGAUGCACCAGCUGAUAAAAUUCUCCAUAGUUUCUGGCUGAUGAAGUCUGAACCAGAGAGCCGGUUUGAAAAUGGAAUUGAUGUGAAGUUUGGAAUUGAGGACCUGAAGGCUCUACCCAAUCAAACGGGAUGCUGGGAUGGAGUUAGAAACUACCAGGCUCGAAAUUUCAUGAGGGACAUGAAGGUUGGCCAACAAGCGUUCUUUUAUCACAGUAACUGCAAAGAACCUGGAAUUGCUGGGCUAAUGAAGAUUGUUAAGGAGGCCUACGUGGACCACACCCAGUUUGACAAGAAAGAUGCUCAUUACGAUGCCUCCAGCAAGCAAGACAACCCCAAAUGGUCUAUGGUGGACGUGCAGUUUGAGAGGAUGCUACGUCGCUUCAUUCCGCUGUCUGAGCUGAAGAAAAUGCACCUGCAGCACAAGGCCAAAGGCGGGGCUCUGAAGGACAUGGCCCUGUUCACCAGGGCCCGACUCUCAGUGCAGCCACUCACCAGGGAAGAAUUUGAUUUUGUCCUGAGCCUGGAAGACAAAGAACCUCUUUGAAUGUUCCUUUUCAUCACAUCUGCAGAAGACUCUGCUGUCUUUGGCACUCAGAUCCACCUGGUUUGGAUUGAUAUCUCAGCCAGGUGUGGUAAUGCCAGAUGAAGACCAGUGGGCCUUAUUUACGUUCAUAAGAAAACUGAGCUUUUGUGCUGUCGCAUUGCAUAGCUAGGCUUUGUAAAUCUGUACAUAGUAACACAAGCAUUUUGCAUUUCAGACCUUUGUGGAGGUAAUUUUACCAGAUUCUUUAUAGUAACCAGAUUAAACUACAGCAACUAUAAGCUUCUGUAUUCAUUCCUGUACUUCUUGGCGAUAGUAGGUAGGUUUCGGUUGGUGAUCAGAAGAGGCAUGCCUAUGGAUGGAACAUCUGUUGCCAUGGUAUUUAAAUAGGUCACACUGUUUAGUAAAUAUUAAGGCAACAAACUGAAACAUUUCAGUUUUGCCAGUAGACACGGAAUGUUAGGUGUUGAAACGUU